UUAUCGUUUAAAAAAGCCUAUAAAUUAUCUUUAUUCAUUGGAUAAGAAAAAAAUUGAGAAAAUUUAUGAUUUUUCUGUCAGUUUGAAUUAUUUUAUUAAUAAAAUAGAACAAAACGGUUUUGAGCUAAACGACGCUCGAGGCGCCAAUGAAAAUCCAUGAUCUUAUUGGUUACUACCACAAACGUGUGUGUGUAUAAAACAACAGCUGUUUCAUAUCAAUUAAUUUUUUUUAUACAUAUCAUCUUAUAUUCUUGUUUAUUGUAUUAACUUUAUAUAUUUACAAUGGCAUAGUUCUUAAUUUAUUUUAAUUCAUUUCUUUAAUCAUACAUUAUUUUCAUAUGGUCUAAAUUACUAACAAGUCUGUAGAAACUUAGAAGAUGUUGUCAGCAUUUAAACGUUUAGCUGGAAAACAUGAUGGUAUGGGUAACACAUCACCUAGGCCUGCUCAUCAAUCAAUGCCCACAAUAUUGCAAAGAAAAUUCGCUAAAGGAGUCCAAUAUAAUAUGAAAAUUAUUAUAAAAGGUGACAGAAAUGUUGGAAAAACCUGUCUAUUUCAUCGUCUACAAGGUCAAAAAUUUAUUGAAGAAUACAUUCCAACGGAAGAAAUUCAAGUAGCUAGUAUUCAAUGGAAUUAUAAGACGACAGAUGAUGUGGUGAAAGUAGAAGUUUGGGAUGUAGUUGAUCGAGGACGUAGAAGACGAAAAUUAGAUGGUUUAAAAAUGGACAAUGCACCAUCAGAUGCUAUCAUAGAAGAGCCGGCAUUAGAUGCAGAAUUUCUCGAUGUUUAUAAAGGGACCAAUGGUGUAAUAGUAAUGAUGGACAUUACGAAAACAUGGACCUUUGAUUAUGUUCAACGAGAAUUACCAAAAAUUCCUGGUCACAUUCCUGUGAUUGUUUUAGGAAAUCAUUGUGAUAUGUCUCAUCAUCGAACAGUAAAUGCUGAUCGUGUUACAUAUUUUAUCGACACAUUAACUGAUAGAAAUGCUCAAAUACGUUACGCAGAAUCUUCUAUGCGUAAUGGAUUUGGUUUGAAAUUGCUACAUAAAUUUUUUAAUCUUCCGUUUUUACAACUACAGCGAGAAACAUUGAUAAAGCAAUUGGAGACAAAUGAAGAAGAAACUCAACUUACUAGCCAAGAAUUAGAUUUAUUUCAAGAGAGUGAUGAUGCUGAUUAUGAAAAAUUUUUAGAUAACCUUAUGCAACGGAGAAGAGUGAUAGCAGACUCAGCAUCUGCAACGGUUCUAGUCCCUAACGUAACAUCAUCACUGAGUGCACAUCACUCAUUGUCUUCCAAUAAUAUUCAUAAUAAUUAUGGACAACCAGAUGUUAAAAAAUCUCAUUCAAUAUCUGGACCUAUUGGAGGUGGAACUCCAAUUCCUAUUAAACAGAAUGAAAUAAAAAAUAUUCCAAAACGAGAUAUGAAAGUUUCUCAACAAAUAGACUACUCAUUAAAAAAUUCAGCAGUAAAUUCAUUGUCAAAAACUGGAGAUGCACCUGAUUUGAAUGGAGAAAAAGAAUCUCAAAAGCAGCAAGGCUUUGUUUCAAAAAUUUUUUCUAUGAAAAAGAAUGAUGAAGGAUGUCCAGGAACUGAUACUCCUUUAGCAUCUGUAGAAGAUUUUAUUCCUGAUGAUGGAGUUUUGGACAGAUCGUUCUUAGAUGACAGUAAUCAAUCGCCUCAUAAAAAUCAAGGAGACAACGCCUUAGAAAGUGAUAGUGAAACAGAAACAGCAAAUCCAUUAGUAGCUGGAUAUGAAGAUGAUUUAUCAUCUGCUGAUGAAGCUACUGUAGCUAUGGAACCAAGAUUAAUUGAAAAUCCAUUAAGUAAACAAAGAAAAAGAAUUGAAGAGGAAAAAAAAAUAAAUACUAAUGUAAAUUACAAUAAACGUGAUUCAAUAUCUUCCAGUGAACAAGAAUUGGGAAAUUCUGUAAUGAAUGGUAAUUUUAAAUCUCUUAAUGAUCAUGAUGAAAAUUCAGAUACAUUUGAAAAUUGGUUAAGUAGAGAUUCCAAGUGGAGACAAAGUCCAGAGGGUGGAGAGGACGUUAGUAGCAUUGGAACUAGGAAAGAUAAAUUAGAUGUUAGUGAUAAAAGUGUUGAUGUGAGUGUAACAAGUUCGAAUGUUCAUUUAGAAUUACUCGAUAACUCAAGUGUUCGACCAGUUUACUCAAAUUCUAGCAGUCCUAUAAUGAAAGAGAAGAAAAAGCAUAAAGAAAAGAGUGAUGACAAAGAAAAGAAGAAAAAAAAGAAAAGUAAAGAUAAAGAAAAAGAAAGAGAGAAAAAUGAAAAAGCUGAAAAGAAGAAAAAAAGAUCGCAUAAUCGUACGAAAGAUGAAGACCGAGGUCGAGAUGAACUCGAAGAGUUUUUAAAUGGUUCUAGUUCACGAGCAAAUGUCAGUGUUGCUUAUGAGGCUUUAUAACAAAUUUUUCCUUAAGAUAUUAAUCAUCACAUCAUAUUGCUUAUUUAUAUAUCUGCCAAGUUAACGAAAUGGAUGAAAUGUAAAGCAAGAAUAUAUUACUCAGAUGAACUGAGAUGAAUAAAAAAAAAAUAACAUUUGGGGUUGAUUCCCGAUGAUAACAAGUUAUUUAACGAAACAUGUAAGAAAAAAUCGUUCAGAGUUAUAAAGAUAUUACUCUUUUCAAAGUACUGUUGCGUAAAGUAUCAGUGAAUAUAUAAUAUUCCAUCAAAAUAAUUUUAAUUAUACGAAAUAGUCAUGAUGACUGAAAUUUAUUAUGAAUAAUAUUUAAAAUAAUCAUAAAAAGUUUAUAUACGCUCUGGAAGCAAAACUGCUAAUGAAACUAUUAUAUUAAUAACAUGAAAAAAAAAAACAAAAUUAAUGACUUUAGGAAAAUUCGUAAUUCAAGUUUAUUAAAGUCACUUAUUUUUAUUUUUCCAAUAAUAAAACUUAUUCUCCCAUUGUGUAUUUUCGUAAGUAAGUAAAAUAAUUAAGCCAAUUUUUAA